CGCCGCCGUAAAUCUCUCAAUAUUCCUCCUUCCCUCAGCUCCAGCCGCGGAGAAAGAGGGCGACGGGCCGGUUGGGGGGAUCAGGUGGUGGAAAAUGCGUGAUAUGAUGUAUGUGCGUUCUUCAGGCGGGAGGUAUAUACUUUCCUAUACACAACUUUCGAUCUUCCAUUUUCCUACAAAUUUCAUCAUCAUAUUCACCAAGGCAAGAAAAGUGAAACCACAUGAGAGAAGAAAUGGCACAGCAACAGCAACAACCAAGAAUCCUCCUGACCGGAUCAGUGGGCUACAUCGGCUGCUGUAUCCUCGAGCGGCUGGCGAAAACCCACCCCGAACUUCCCGUCACCGCCAUCCCACGAGACGCCCCGUGUGAAUACGACGUGAUCCAGGAGCACGCAGCGAAGAGCGACAUCGUGAUCCACGCGGGCAAGCCCGAAGCCGAGAAAGUGAUCCUCUCGCUCCUGCACGGGCUCGCCUCGCGCGAUCAAUCCAAGCCCAGCUUCUUCCUGCACCUCAGCAGCAACAUCACCGUAUCGGACGCAACCGCCUCGUCCACGUCGGGCAACGAAUACAACUGCUGCGCUUCGGCCGGCAUCGAGUUCGGCGAGCGCGACCCCCGCGUGUGGAGCGAUAUCGACGACCUGCCCGAGAUCCGCACCCUGCCGAAUAAUCACAUCCACCGCCCAAUGGAUUCGCUGAUCUUCGGCGCCGCAAAGAAGUACGGGGAGAAUAUCCACACGGCGAUCGUGUGUCCGCCCGACAUCUACGGCACCGGGGCAGGCGGGUUGGAGAGGAAGAGGGAGUGUCGUAUGCUGCCGCUCUAUUGCGACGAGGUGUCGCGGCAGAAGGCGGCGCUGUACGUGGGGAAGGGCGCGAACAUGCGGAGCCUGGUGCACGUACACGAUCUCUGCGAGUUGUAUCGACUGCUGGUCGAGGAGGCGGUCAGGACCAUCAAGACCGGGAAGCUGAGAGAUGAAUGUUGGGGCGAGAACGGCUUCUACUUCGUCUCCAACGACGAGGACGUUUCGAUGCGGGACAUUGCCAAGGCCGCCGCGGGGAUCCUGAAAUCGCACGGCCUGAUACAGAAUGAGAAUCCGCGGUCCUGCACACCCGAAGAGACUGAGAACAUGAUCGACGGGUCCGGGAUAGCGCUGUGGAUGUUUGGCAGCAACUCGCGGACCAAUGCCGCUCGCGCCAAGAAACUCUUGGGCUGGGUGCCGAAGGGCCCGUACUUUUGGGAGGUCUUUGAGAACGACCUGAUCCAGUACAAGGGGAACGAUCCGUAUAGGGACUUUUAUCCUGAGAAUAUGGAGCCGGAGGCUUAGGGAAAGGGGGGGAUGGAUAUGGAGGCGGAUGUAGUGUGUAUGAUGGUGUACCUAAUUUGAUUACUGUGGUGCUGACUUCUGGGUUGGUUUUUUUUUACCUGGUGAUUGAGGAAUAUAUCUGUCUCCUUGAACUGUCA